AUGGCCGACCUACACUCUCCGGCCUCCAUGGGCCCGUUCUCAAAACCGAAAUCAACUGAAAGCAAAUCACACACGCCAAAGACUCGAUCACGAUCAAGACCUUCGCGUCGGUGGGACUCGUCGCCUAUUCCCUCGUCCCCGCCUGGCCUCCCAACUCCCGCAUUCUCUCCAGAGGGACAAACGGACGGGCAAACAGACGAUGACGACCUUGUCGAAGAUACGCUAUCGCCUUUCGAUCCGCGCAGGAUCACGCCGACCCUGCAUGCCUCGCUGGUAUCGGAGAUCCUCUCACUACGCCGCGAGAUUGAAAACAAAACCAAGGCUAUCGAUGGACUAGAGGAGAGCUUGGACGAGUCGAAAACAGAGAAUGAAACGCUCUCCGCGAACCUUUCCCAAGUAACUCGGGAAGGGCGCUCGUUGAAGCACCAAAUUCAGCUACUGGAAGGCGGGACAUCAUCUGCGAUGAACGAGUUAGUCCGGGAGCGCGACGAAGCAGUCGAGAACAUCAAUGAUGUUCGUAAGAAGCUUGACCAGGCGCAGAAGAAGACGCGCGGCCGGGAAGAAGAGCUCGAGCGCACCCAGGAGCUGUGGAAUCAAGACCAAGAUGCCUGGGCGAACGAGCGGCGUGCCUGGGAACGCAAAGUCCAUGUAGUAGAAGGGCGCCUGAAGACUGUCUUGAAUGAGUUCGCGGCCGCCCAGGAAGUCGCGACUCUUAAUUCCCAUUCCCAGAAAAGUGAGAAUGGGGACGAAGACAAGGCCAAGGAAAGUGACUCCGCUAGCAUUGCGUCCAGCAGCUUCGGCCGCCGGCGCACGAGCGUGACAACCGUCAGCUCGAAUGAUGGAGAGUUGACCUCCAGCUUCCACAAUGUGCGAUACUCCGUGAUGAGCAUGGCUCCUGGAGCUAGCAACAGUUCCGGGUUGAACUUGGCGGAGGAACUCGACUUCGACGAGGAGGAUGAUUUCGCUCCAUCUGACGAUGAGACCCCCGCGUCUCCAGAGGCUCUCCCUGAGGAGCGACCCGUGUCUGUUCAUUCACAGGCAUCCCAUAGCAUCUCUUUCAAAGCUAGAAAACUGCUUGGUCUCUCCAUGCAAAGCGCAGACUCACCCGUCGCUUCAGAGUUCCGUGUUCGGGACGUUGACCAGGAUGGCCCGUCGAAGGAAGCCAAGGUCGGCGCUAAUUACUGUGACACCGCUGUCCAAUACUCGCCACCGCCAUCUCCCAGAAUUGCGCCCGUGACAUUGGAGAAAGAUGAUUUCAGACCUUUGGACGGUCCGGAGCCAACCGAAUCUGCGAGCGAGACACCUGAAAUCGAGACGAAAGAUGCGACAACGUUGACUAUUGGAACCGAAAUGAUUUCGACUUCAUGCCAGACCGUGGGCGAACUCCCAAGUCCGCCGUGGACACCUAAGGUGGUAGACGCGCCGCCUGCCCCGGUUGAACUCCCCCGAGAGCCGGUACAAAUGACAUCGGUCUCUACUCAGACGGAUGUACAGCCAGAAGUUGUCCACAACGAGAAGCGCACCAGCUUGUCACCAAACGAUCUUCCAUCACCGAUGGACAUUCCAGUAAUCACAAUUCACGCACCCGGCUCAGAGCCGUCUUCGCCUCGAAACAGUGUCGUUCUUCCACCCCAAACUAAGAAUGUCGGGUGUCAGGUUAACUUCAGAGCGAUUGCGGAUUGUCAAUCCGUUGCCAUUCAAACGGAGGAGAUUCGCAUUGAUCAACGACCCGUCAAAUUGCCCGCCAGUCUGCUUCCUUCGGCCAUUCAAGAUGUGCUCCCUCGCACUGAACCCCAGGAGACCAGCCUCGAGUCCUAUUCCGCGCCCCCUCUGCCCCCGCGCUCAGAGAAGCGAAAGCAAAGACGUGCAGGAACAGACAAAGAUGUGAAAUCUUCAAGGGAACCAAGCCUUGAUCAUGUGCAAGCCUACCCAGGAAAUAACGACAAUGGCCCGUUAUCAGAGGGCGCAUUGUCCAACAUCCGGCGACCCCUGCGAUCCAGCAGUCUUUUCGCCGGUUUCGAGCACAACAGCGACGAGGAAGGCCCGCAUGGGGAGCGCGAAGUGUUCACCGAUGACGAGCUUCUCAAUCGACCAUUUGCCUCAUACACCGUCAGCCGUGGCAAGCUCGUCAACGCAAAAUCAAGACCCAGCCUAGACAGCAUGACCCUUCCCGAAAUCGACGAGCAGCUCUCCAGCCCUGAAUCCAUGCCACCCGCAAUUGGCCGCUCUCGGCCUUCGCAGAGAUCCAGCACGGCCUCCUCCAGCAUUCGCCAACCCGGUAUGCGCAAGAUGGCCAUGAUCUCCAACGGAGCAGCUGUGCAUCAAAGGACCUUCGCUCGGACUUCGAGCGAACCGAGUCUCGAUAGCGGAAGUGCAGGCUCUAGCAUUGCCCCGCCAUUCCCCGUUCCCGUUCGACUGAGCUCUCGCAAGAUCCCGCUCAACAGCAGUGACGGGCCACCAAGCCCGACGCGCUCUGUUGGCCGAAAGUUCUCGGACACCAGCGGCCAAUCGCUAGUGAGGCGACCUACUCUUCGUCGCGUGCGGUCCGCGACAGCUAUGUCUCAAUCUGAGGUCACUGAGAGACCCGAGACACAGUCUUCUCCGUCACAAUCGUUCUCGACCUUCUCUCCUGGGUCACCCACGUAUCAACCGUAUCGACCACCGCCGUUGCCAUUCGACGAUAUCACAGCACCGCGGGAGCGGCGCGUAUCCGCCAAACGCGCCUCACACCGCGCAACCCCAUCCUACCGAAGCCAAGAUCAACGCGAGCGCAAAGACUCUAUUAGUGGUGUGCAGUCAACCAGCGUUGUCGAUGCUAUUGCGCAGACGAUGGUUGGUGAGUGGAUGUUCAAAUACGUCCGUCGACGCAAGUCCUUCGGCAUGGGUGAAUCCAAGGACAACUGGGAAGGCAAGAAUCCGGACGAGGUCUCCGCGAACAUCACCAACAGCGGCGUCCGGCACAAACGCUGGGUGUGGCUGGCUCCAUACGAAGGCUCCAUCAUGUGGAGUAGCAAACAACCCACCAGCGGCCCCGCGCUGCUAGGAAAGAGUGGCCGAAAGUUCACAAUUCAAUCCGUUCUCGACGUCAAAGACGACAACCCUCUACCAAAGGGCACCUCACCACCUCCAUUCAACCGCUCCAUCCUCGUUCUCACUCCUCAACGUGCUCUGAAAUUCACCGCUCUCUCAAUCGAACGCCACUAUGUCUGGUUAACCGCCCUCUCCUUCCUCAGCCACUCCGCCAUGGGCCUGCACGAUCUCGCAGCCCUCCCUCCAAUCCCCACUGAAGAACACACCCAAUCAAACAGCACCCUACGCCGCAACCCAAUCCGCGAUUCCAUUCGCGUCGCCAAAGGCCGACCCCGCCCCAUGCCAGGGAAACGGUUCGCCAGUGCCGGCCCUCCCUCCGUCCCCGAACUACCAAAAGAGAGUCUCGACCUCGCCGCCGACGCACCCCACGUGCCACGCUUCGCCCACAACCGCAAACGAAGCAACACCGCACCCCGGCCAGCCCUCCACGCCCUCCGCAGCUUCUCCAGUCAAGGCACCAUCCCCUCCUCGCAUAGUGGAACCGUCUCCCCCGAGCUCCAUUUCCCAGCCAUGGCCCCCAUUCCAGGCAUGAGUCGCCAGAGCAGUGUCCGGCGCACUUCCGAGGCCUCGGGCGCCCCCAGCGUCGGAAGCAACAUGUUCGACAUGGGCACUAUGCGCAUGGAAGCGUUCAUCGAUCACCACGCCGAACAGAUGAAUCGGCCACGACCGGCCCCGCGUCAUCGCCAUACUCGCAAGACCUCCAGCCAAUGGAGCGAGCGGCGUUACGAAUUCGACACGCCUUCCGUCGUGGAUAGUGAGAUCUCCUAUCGACCUGGCUCUGAUCCUUUCCGUGGCUUCUAA